AGAUGACUAUUUGUUCUGCAGCACGAUGAUUAAAACAGCUUAAAUUGAUCUUAAUAACUAUUCCACAAGUGUCUAUUUUUCUAAUAAUCUUAGGUAUCAAAAUGGCUUGGGAAAUCUCAUUAUAUGAGGUCAUUUUUGUUACCUUGGCACAUCCAGUCUCCUUCCGAGACACUGGAAACAGCUCACCCAGCAGUCUGACUGCCCUUGCUUUGGCAUGGAUGUCCAUCUGCGAGACGGUCGCUUCCCGGUCCCACUGGCACGUCCCGGCUGCCAGCCACCCUUGGGCCCCCGGCUGGGGCCACCUCGUAUGGGUGGGGGACAGACGCACUUACUGCACAGAUAAAUCAGGCGAGGGGGUUGCUCAGCUGAGUAGCUACACGUCUUCCCUGUUACCCUCAGGUGUAAGGCAGUACCACUCACCACCCCCCUCCCCCUCCCGGGUCUUGCCCAGCUUGUGUGGAGAUGUCUCUGCUCAGAGUGCCUCAGGGCUGCCCGUAGCUCCUGGAAACCUCCUGUGUGGCUCCCCUCAGCCACCAAAGUAACCCCUGGUAGCCGUCUUCACCUGCCAGCAGGAAGGAGGGAGGGAAGGAGGAAGACCAGGAAGAAGGGGAGGGAAGGAGGAAGAGAAAGAGAGGGAGGGAAGGCUGCGUUUAGCAGCUACCUCCGGCAGCUAGAGUGAAAGCAGCUGACGGUCACCGUGGGAGAGGCUUGCGAUGCCCUCAGCAACUUCCACCACCUCUUUGCCCAGCGGCCUGGCCGUCCUGACAACUUUCCCAGAUGUGCUCUUCAUUCCUGAAAUUAUCUUCGGAGGCCUUGUCUGGAUCCUGGUGGCAUCCUCGAGGGUCCCGUUACCCAUCCUGCAAGGCUGGGUGAUGUUUGUCUCUGUGUUCUGCUUUGUUAUGUCCACCACCCUCCUGGGCCUCUACAUUUGUGGGGUGCAUGGGGGCAGCAGCUCCUGGGUCACCUUGGAUGUCAUCUGCCAGGAAACAGCAGCUCUCUUCUACCUCAGUGCUGCCGUGUUGGAAGCCUACUUCACCUAUGGUGCUCGCUUGCCUACCCACCCUCUGAUAAUCUACCAGGAGAACAUUUCUGCUGUGGUAUUUGCAUUCUUAGCUACCCUGAUGUACGUGAUCCAUAAGGUGUUCUCACUCCUACGAUGGAAAUCAUCCUAAAAGAUUCCCCUCUCAAGUGUUGUGUUCACCCCAUGAACACGAACGUUGCUCGACGACUGCGGUUUCCAGGCUGGGUUUGGGUUUUGUUUUUUAAUGUAUGUUCUAUAAACAAGCAGCUUUUUAUGUGGGACCAUGGCAAUGAAGACAAAGAGCCUGCCAGAGAAAGCUAUAUCCUGGCACAACCAGUUUCCUUUCAGUCUCUUCUGGGUUGGGUGCAGUUCGAUGCUGGUAAUUUGGGCCCAAAUAGAGAAACAUCCAGCUUUAAAAAGAAUAAUGCAGUUGCGGUCAAAGUGAUAAAAUCUCCCUGAACCACCCCUUUAUGCUUCCAGGGUUGUUACUGCUAUUGGGGGAAGCCUGAACAACCAGCACUAAGGAACGUGAAUAUGAAACUGGGUCAUUUUAAUUACCACCCAUCCAUGUAAGCCCUGUUUCCCUCCCUAAACCUGCUGUGCCAAAAGAACAUUUUCAUGCAGUUUCUGGAAAUGCUGUCUCUGACUUGUGAGGAGAAACAGGGACAAUAUUUAACUUGUAUCAGGGGCAACGUGAGUUAUUGCAACCCCUGAAGAGUAUUGCUGAAUUACAAAGCACGACCAUAAUGGCAGGAAUUACUGCUGCCUCUAACCUCUCUACAAAAUACAACUCGGAGGGUGUGCAGUAGACUGUAGGAGAAUUUUAUGGAUGACUAGCAUAACAUCUUGAGCAAGCAGAGGCAAUCAACUCUCGUUUCUGGUGCCUGGCUGCUCUCACAUGCACCAACACCAUGAAAAAGAUGGGUUUACUGUGAUUUUGCAAAUAGGCAAGAGUAAUUUCUGCUGUUUUGCCUUUGCUGCACAGCGGUACGCAGCCCUGUACAGCCUCAGGAGCACAGCUCGGUAAUGGGCAAUGCCUGAGGAGGAGGCACAGCCUUGGGCAAGAACGAGAGAGCUUUUCUGGCCAGGGCAGCCCGAGGGCUCUGUAGCCAGGGCCAGUGGAUAAACCACCAGCUCAGGUUAAUCUUAGUGGUGAUGUUCACCUGAAUGCUUAUGUUACUCCAGAGUGUUGAGUGUGCUGGUUUUGGCUGGGAUAGAGUUAAUUUUUUUCAGGGUAGCUAGUGUGGGGCUAUGUUUUGGAUUUGUGCUGGAAAUAGUGCUGGUAGCACAGGGAUGAUUCAGUUAUUGCUGAGCAGGGCUUACACAAAGCCUUUCCUGCCCCUCACCCCACCCCACCAGCGAGUGGCUGGGGGGC